AGCAAAGCAAAGCUUGAAUCUGCUCUCUCAUCUCUUCUCAAACAUUCCCCUUUUAUAUCUCUGCUUUUCCAUUUUCCUUACACCCGAAGUCUUCUUUAUCAUUUCUUCAUCGUCUCUUCACUCAUUCAUCUGUGAGAAAGCAAAGUUUCAAGACCCAAAACGAAUAAGAGUUUGUCUCUGUUCUUCAAUGGAGGAUGAAGACAAUUCCGCCAAAUCCCAACGGCUAGUUUCAGACAUGGGCUCUCCAACUGCACAAACCCAACCAAACCCAAGUAAGUUCUACUGGCAUUUCCUGUCUAAAGCUGUUCUUGUUACAGUUUUGCUCGUUAUUCUUCCACUUUUCCCUUCUCAAGCUCCUGAGUUUGUAAACCAAUCAGUUCUAACCAGAAGCUGGGAGCUUUUUCAUCUUUUAUUCGUUGGUAUUGCUGUAUCAUACGGCCUAUUCAGCCGUCGAAAUGUGGAAACAGAGAAGGAAAACCAAUCAAAAAUCGAUACUGCACAAAACUAUGUCUCUAGAAUUCUUCAGGUAUCGUCGGUUUUCGAUGAUGAUGUCGAUAGCCAAUUUGGGUCUGAUGAGAACAACAAGGUUCAAACUUGGAAUUCUCGUUACUUUAGAGGGGAACCCAUGCUUGUAGUUGAGCAAGAAAGUUCAGUUGCUGAUGAACAGAAUAGCACCGUUACUAAGAUCAGUAACAGACCUCUGCUUUUGCCUGUUCGGAGCUUGAAAUCGAGGGUUUCAGACUCAGAUGCUCUUGAAUCCAUUAAAGAACCCCAUGGGUUCUCUGGUUCGCUUAGUAGGUCCAGUUCUGGUUCGAGAAGUUCUUCUAAUGGUUCUGUCAAAACUAGGAAUGGGGAUAUUGGGGCUGUGGAUCCUCUAGACUUGGAGGAGAGAUUGCAGGAAAAUGUUGUUCUUCGUUCCCCAAUUCCUUGGAGAUCGAGAUCUGGAAGGAUGGAAAUGAAAGAAGAAUCUGAAGAUGUUACUCCUACUCCUUAUUCUCUUCCUCCCUCAGCUGAUGAAGCUGAAAUCGACAGGGACAGGCUCCGCUCUCAAUCUUUUCGAUCCGUAUCAUGGUCAUCCCGGACUAAUUCGACAUCACCCUCACCAAAGAAACACUCUCCUUCACCUUCUCUUUCACCAGAAUUGCGAGCCAAGAACGUGGAAGAUUCAGGAAGGAAGAAGAAUUAUUACACUUCUUCUCCCCCUCCUCCCCCUCCACCGCCCCCCCCAGUAAGCCGCAAAUCUCCACUGAUCACAUCGAAUUCUAAUCCAGUUAGUAAUGGAUAUUCUUCUGAGAAUAUGGGAAUUAAGAAAAGUUUCAAAGAUGAAUUGGAGGAUUUGAGUAGGAGCAGUAGAGGGGAUCUCAGGAGCAGAAAUGAUCCUAGCCUGGACACCUUAAGGGCAGAAGUGAAAUCAAGAGUCUAUACUGAAGGUACAUCAAUGGCCAAAUCGGUUCGAACAAUUAGAGCAAAUGAAGCCAUUGCAGAGGCCAGGAAAGCAAGAGAAUACAGUGGAGAGCGGCUGGAGGACAAAAAAGGGAAAAGAUGGAAGGAGGUUGAAGCAAUGUUCAUGACAAAAACAGGAAGAAGAGCAGGAGGAUUUGAUCAACUGCCGAUAAACACAGAGAACCCGAGUCUAGAGAGUCCCUGCCCCAUGCCAAAGUCACCACUCUCCAAGUAUCAGAUAGAAGAGAAGAAAGAAUCCUAUGACAAGGUUAUCGUGGAAGCUGAUGAGGACUCGGAUGGCGAGUCUGACACCGAGGCUGAUGUUGAUGACUCUCAAGGAAGCUUGGACAAAGAAAAAGUUGCCUCCAACAGUGGCACUGAUGCAGGGGUUGAUAGUGAGGUUGAUAAGAAGGCAGCUGAGUUCAUAGCCAAGUUUAGAGAGCAAAUCAGGCUUCAAAGGAUUGAGUCAAUCAAGAGAGCAAGUGGGAAAGGCAGUAAUAGAGCCUCUUCACAAUAAACCCAAUGCUUGUUCUGCUUCCAAAGAAUUCAAGCAAGAUGCAUUUGUAGUUGGCAUUUCUCUUCUACUUCUUUUCCUGUUUAUGUUUUUACUUCUCACCUGAGUAUCAAAGUGUUUUUGAAUUAUAAAUCUGGUAUAUUGGCAUAUGGAAAUCUGCAUGGUUUACAGCCUGUGAAA